AUGAAGGGAUACUAUUGUCAGCUUGAGCCGCUGAAGCCUGGCCGUCAUGCUCAAGAGAUCGGGACCGUUCUGUCAAAGGAUCCCGACGGUGCUCGUUGGACGUACAUGCCAAUGGAGGAAUUCACUACGAUCAAUGUGUAA